GUAGAUUUUAUUAUCUUCAUUCCCUCUUCCCCACCCUAUCAAAUCUGAAUACUGUUACACUGAUUAUCAAAUUUGUUCCGUUCAUAAUUGGUGGUUAAGACAGUGCCAUGGUUACUAGGUUCCUGCAUGAUGAGUCAACCCAGCAGAAGGCGUUGGUGGAGGACGGUGAAUUCAGGUAGCUGGUCCAGAGCUGGUGUAGGUGUUUGAAUACCAAAGCCACCAUGGGAGCAGUGCUCGGAAUCUGUACAGCUUCACAGCUGGCCUGCUGCUGCGGCUCGGCGGCCUGCAGUCUCUGCUGCUCAGCUUGUCCGUCGUGCCGCAACUCCACCAGUUCGCGCAUCAUGUACGCCAUCAUGCUGCUGGCCGUCACCGUGCUCUCCUGCGUGCUGCUGGCGCCCGGCCUCCAGGACAAGCUGCAGAAGGUGCCGUUCUGCGGCGAACAUCUCGACUGCAGCACGGCCGUAGGCUACAUGGCCGUCUACCGCGUCUGCUUCAUCACCACCCUCUUCUUUCUGAUGAUGGCGCUCAUCAUGAUCAAUGUCAAGUCCUCAAGAGACCACCGAGCUGGCAUACAGAACGGGUUCUGGGCGAUCAAAUACCUACUGCUGAUAGGUGGCAUGGUUGGAGCUUUCUUCAUGCCAGCUGGUAGUCUCGUCUGGUGGAUGUACUUCGGCAUGAUCGGAGGCUUCCUGUUUAUUCUGAUCCAGCUGGUGCUCAUCAUCGACUUCGCCCACGGCUGGGCCGAAAACUGGGUGUCACGGUACGAGGAGACGGGCGCGAAGGCCUGGUACUGCCUGCUGCUCUUCUUCACGUUCCUGCAGUACGCGCUGGCCAUCACGGCCGUUGGCCUCUUCUUCGCCUUCUACACGCGCCCGGACGGCUGCGCCACGCACAAGUUCUUCAUCAGCGUCAACCUGAUCCUGUGCGUGGUGGUGUCGGUGGUGUCAGUGCUGCCUAAGGUGCAGCAGGCGCAGCCGAACUCGGGCCUGCUGCAGUCGGCCGCCGUCACCCUCUACACCAUGUACCUCACCUGGAGCGCCAUGGCCAACCAGCCCGACCUCACCUGCAAGCCCAACUUCUCGGGCAUCAUCAACGGCGGCGGCGGCGGUGGUGCGAACCCAACUCCUGGACCGGCCAAUCAGGGCGCCAGCUUCGACGCCGAGUCGAUCGUCGGUCUGGUGGUCUGGUUCGUCUGCGUGCUCUACUCCAGUGUGCGCACGGCCAGCUCCUCCCAGCACGCCCGGCUGACCGGCUCCGACAAGAUCCUUCUGAAGGAGGAGUCCGGCUCCGGAGGCGGCACCACGCAGGACUCAGAGGCACAAGUGUGGGAUAACGAGGACGAGGGCGUCGCCUACAGCUGGUCCUUCUUCCACCUGAUGUUCGCGUUGGCCACGCUUUACGUCAUGAUGACGCUCACCAACUGGUACUCACCGGAGGGAAGCCCCAACUCAGAUCUGCGCACGCUAUCCAACAACGCGGCCUCCAUGUGGGUGAAGAUCGCGUCCUCGUGGAUGUGCCUGGCCCUGUACACCUGGUCGCUGGUGGCGCCGCUCAUCCUCACCAACAGGGACUUCAGUUAAUGCGGUUGCUCACCAGGCGCCGCCUGCGGUCGCACCAAGAGUUCGCGAACGACCUCGCCCGAUGGGAGCUUGGCCUCCUCAGUUGUACGAAAUCGAAGCCCCUUGGGGAACCGAUGAUUCUGUACAUAAACUAUGAACUUCCUAGUGAGAGUUCGGUUGAUGGGGGAACUGGAGAUGACAUUUACACAUAGACUGGUAAUCGCGUAUGGGAGAGCUGUCUUGUCAAGCGCCGGCACCACAGCCAUCUGCAGUUUGCCCGGUUGUAUUGCCAAGCGCGAGCCAUACCGCACGGCCCUUGAAGUACGACCGAAAAGCGGCAAAUUUUAGAUGUAGAUGUAGAACCGCCUCACGACUGCAUACAGCUGGUAGCGUAGACUGCUUACGACAGGUUUCGUCGUUGGCUUACGGUCGACUAGCAGUGGUGCGGCGGGCUUUGUCGCUUUUGGUGUUGUGUUUAACAAAUGUGCUUGUAGUCCACUCGUUUUGUCACGUUCGCGCAACAAGUGCGCUCACUUACGGUAAAUUGUUUAUGAUGGUGAUGAGAUGGUGGAAAAUCUGCUUACGUAUAUUCGUUUUAAGCCGCAGCGCUUGCGCGAUGCCACAUUGAGCGUGUCCAUGCUGGUCUCGUCAAGUGAUUGGCUCAGGCGCGCCACAUCAAGCGUGUUCAUGCUGGUCUCGUCAAAUGAUUGGCUGUCGGUUUUAACGCGGACGAAAUGUGACACGCCUUAGGGGCGGUUUAUAGUGCUGUCAAACACGGCGGACAUUUGUGCCGGUUGUGUGGUGACAUGACACGGCCGGGGGCUGACCGGCGCGUGGCGGCCCGCCGUCCGAUCGCGGCCCGAUCAGAGGCGGUGCGAGACGCGUGGCAGCGGUCUCGCGCGACAGGAACGGGCCAUGGUGGGCCCGAGCCGAGCCGCCAUCAAAUACACGCGUCUGAUCUC